CCAACAUGAAGCGUAUUGUUUUCGAGUAUGUCUGACUUCCGAUAAUUGCACCAAGCGUUAUACGCGCAUAUCUCUCAACUGUCAAUGCGGGCGGGAAUCGGGCGUUGCCGUAUUCAGUAAGGCGUUAACAGACGUGUGCUCUUCCGAUAUGAGGCGAAUUGCACAGGUCAUUUGUUGUCUGGUCCUCGUGGCUGCGGCCACAAGUGUGCCCGUGGUAGACAGCGACGCAUGCAAAGCCUGUGAAUCUGCCACCAGCUCAAUCACCGUGGCAAAUAAGGAUGUCAAUGGAGACAUAGGCGUCAGCAUAUCAGGAUCCGCAGUCCGCCCGCCGGAUGGAUCCGUCCAAGCCAAUCGGCCACGACCUACCCUCAAUGACGUCAUCAACGCACUCCAAAACCUCACUACGAAGAAGCCCGACGAGGCUGGAUCUCUCCCAGAAACGACAGUUACCGAUGUCCCUGUUACGGUUGGUGGGCCGGUUCAGCCGUCGUUUGAUACAUCUUAUCCAGGGGAACAGAGUGUUCCUGAUGUAACAAAUAAUCCUCUUAACAUGGCCAACCAAAGUAUAAUAAUAUUGAACCUUAAUGACCUCUACGGUCUUCAGUCCGGUGAGUCAAGUUUGGCACAACUGCUUAGCAUUCUCAACGGGAAAUCAGGAUUCCUUUUUGUCACGACAGGAGGACAGGGGAAAUUUAUUCCAUUAAACCAGCUUCAUUUGCUCCCAAAAAAUUGCGUGCCAAGUUACGUGGUCUUGCUGAUGCGCGGGCGGCCGAACCCCUUCCCAGGCUUGCAACUCAUCAACGGAUUAUUCCAGAAUGGGAACCAAGGAAACCUUGGUUUCCAGAUUCCAAAUUUGGUUAACUUUGCUUCACUUCCGGUUUACGUGGUACAGGGUUACUACCCCAUCUGGAGUAUAUUGAUGAAUUUGGGUAUAUAUCAACCAGAUAAUGGGAAUUAUUUACCACACCCUGACCCCACACCUUACCCAGGUCUUAUCAGUCCGACACCGUACCCGGGCAUUAGUAUAGGUAAAUAUGUACCGCCUGCACCUACACCGCGACCAAUCCCACGGCCCACUAACCCGCCUGUGUUCGUGCCUCAACAACCCAAUAUCGACUGGACUGGUCUGCUGACGAUUCCGAAUGAAAAUAAUGAUAAAAUAUUUCCAAAUAAAGAUAGUCAUGAUGUAUUUGACUCGGAGCUGAUUACACUCUUACUGCAUGUGCUAAACGAGAAACCUGGAUCAGAGACCGAACAUAUUAUUACACAAGAGAAGAGCAACCCAGCAAAAUUGUUGCGGAUUUUCAUCGAACUGCUGUGCCAGAAGAAUGGUAACCAACAAGUCUUGAUCGGGAAUAAAAAUGAGAACAAUCCAAUGCAAUUACUGCAAAUAUUGAUAAAACUACUGCGGCAAAAGAACUCGUCUACUACUGUCAUUAAACACAAUAAUGACCACAGUGAAGAGAGAUUGAUUCAGCUUCUGAUGAAACUAAUCCGCCAGAAAAACGAAAGCCAGGUUGUGAUAUCGCAAGGUAACAACAACAACCAAGCAAAACUGACGCAAUUAUUGAUUCAGCUCUUGGGAAAUCGAGAUCAAUUCAACAACGUCUUGAUAUCUAGUCAAAAUAACGGUCAGUCACAAGUGCUCCAGAAUUUAAUUCAGCUUUUAGUCUCGUCGAAUCAAGAAGCUAGUCAUAUCUUAAUAUCUGGUAACAACGAUGCAAACAGUGCUCAGAGGCUAUAUAAUAUUUUGCUGCAGAUAAUUAGUAGUAUUCCAGGCUCGUCUAACUUCGGAAAUACCAUCUACUUGAACGGCGGGAGCGGCAACUCCGGCAUCAGCUCAGAGAGUUUGAUGCAGCUAGUCCAAAUACUGCUUAGACAGAAGCAGUCCUACCCCACGAUCUUCAAAAAUCAGGAUACCAGCUUUCAAUCAUUUUUAGGUGGGGGAUCUAACAAUUUCGGAUCUAACUCUAAGAUCCUGACGAUGCUCCUCGGUUCUGGAGGUGGAAGUACAAAUAAGAGUGCUUUAUGGAGCUAUUUACUCGGCAAUUUUGGAUGUAUGAACAACAAUGGAUUAACAGUGCUUUGCGCUAAGUAAUAGCUAUAUGUAUUUUAUGUUAACUUUGCGAAAAUUGCCCUGGUUGCACUUCUGCUUAGCCCUCCAGGGAUAUAGACUUAUGUAUGUUUUAUUACGUUUAAGGAUGGAAAUAAUAAAUAUAAUUGAUAUUUUCCAGAUAUUAAAAUUUACUGUAUUCGACUAAUUAUGUUUUACCAAUUACGGUUUUUUCUACUACAUUUCUUAUUGAAAUGGAUAAUUUAAUAUUGUUAUAUUGAAAUGAUAGUAUUCAAAUUGUUCCAUAAUUAUUUACUAAUAAAAGGAUUUUGUGUAUGAAAUUUUAAAUUUAUAUAUUUAUGAAAUAAGUUUCAUGAUAU